AUGGAAGAAGACCCUGGUAGUAUUGUGAGAAUUGAGUACAAUACCAUAGAACUGCCACCCUCUGUUGAGAUCAGAGAGUCUUCAGUCAGUAGUGGACAGGCAGGUGCCUUUUCCAAAACAUUAAUUCCUAAAGACACAAAAUUUGGACCUUAUAAAGGGGAGAUCAUUAAUGCAGGGCAGAAAAAUUAUAUUGACUACAGAUUUGCCUGGGAGGUGUUUGAAAAGGACAGCAAUGUCUUGAGGCACACAGUCAGUGCACUGGAUCCCAAGUCUAGUAACUGGAUGAGACAUGUCAACUGUGCUAGGUUUUAUGAGGAGCAGAAUAUUCUGUCUAUCCAGGAGGAAUAUAGCAUUUUUUAUGUUGCAAUGAAGAACAUCAAACCUGGGGAGGAAUUGCUCACUUGGUUUGAUCCUAAGUUGCUGAAGCGGACAAAGAGACGUUUAUCAAAAAUGGGGCGUAAGCCUGUUGGGUACACUAUAGAGCUUGUGCCUUGGAGCGAUGAGAAGAAGUUUGUCCCAGAGAUUAUUGAAACCAAGAGAAAGAGAAAGAAGAAGGUGUUGAGUGAUAUGAUUAGUUUAGAUGAAAAUCCACUGGUCAUCACAAGAACCUUGCAGAGCCUGUCGAAGAUUCCAUGCACUCCUAAACAGAUAGCACAAUCCUCAUUCAGAGGGGCACCCAUGAAUGUGGGUGUGAAAACUUCAAGGGCUGUAUUACCGGCUUUGGCUCCCAAGAGAGAGAAUAAGGCUCCAACUCAAAAUAUGAUCAUUUGUCCUCAAAAAACUGCAAACAAAGUGAAUGAAUAUAUUACUGGCAGGAGUAAUACAGAAAGAGGUAAACAGAAUGGAUCAGAUAAGGUCAGAUGUACUUCUCUUGAAGGUGACCCAACAACUGAAGUUAUGCAGAAGGAAACCAAGGAAGUUGUGUGUUCAGGUGGAGAUGCCGUGAAGAUAACAGAUAAAAAAGUGAACAAAAAUAUGUUGUUGAAGAAAAACGCAAUGAAACUAGGACGGGCUAGGCUGCAAUUUUCAGCUCAUAGGCAGUUACUGCAGAUAGAUAACAGCUCAAUCAAGCCUGUUGUUGUCAAACAAAAUGAGGAUGGGUCCACGUCUGUUGAAGACCAUGAUGAGACAUAUGUUCUAAAUAACAUAGAGCUGAGACCAGAAUGUGAUGACGAAUGUCCAUGCAUGGCCAGUAAUAAGUCUGUAAAGUCUCAUUCAUCUGUGAAAGAUAAGCCAGAUACUUUUGUUAUUCAUUUUACGCUACUGCCAGAGCAUAAGAGUUUAUCAGCGGAUAAUAAAAUCAUCUACCGGUGUGACGUAUGUGACGGUGCAUACAAUCAUGCAUUUAGUCUCAAACGCCAUUACUUGAGUGUUCACGUCAACCACCGUUACUUAUCAAGAGAUGAUAUUUUGAGCUGCCAGAUAGAAACAUUCCACAUGGAUAUCGAUCUUCAGAAUGAACAUGCAGAAAUAAAAAUUGGCACUUUGAAAGAUGGUGAAUCAUCAGUUUUGAAGGUGCAGUCUGCAGAUCAGACAACAAGUGUAUCAAGUAGUGGUCAGGCCGAGAUGCAUGACCCAGACAACCUGGAGCAAUCACCUGUCAAGGAGUGUGAAAACAAUGACAAAGAAAACAUUAGCUGUGAUGUUCGGAAAGUAACUGUUGCCCAACAGUACACCAGUGUACCAUCUUUAAAGCAGCUAGUGCAAGUAUUACUUGGUAAGGCCAGCGGUACAACAGAGACAUCAUGCAGUCUAGUAAAGUUACAGAAACUUUCCAUGACUUGUGGUGAAGUGAAAACUGGUUCCUGUAUUAUUGACAGCUGUAUUAGGUCAAAAGGCACGGAACCUAUGAGCCUUGAUCUGCCUCGUCAGCUUGAUUCAAGCAUGGAUUGUGUUAUUUCUAGUUCAGUAGGCACUGAGUCUGAGAGCCUUGGUUUGUCUCAGCAGUUUGAUUCAGGCAUGGAUUGUGUUAUUUCUAGUUCAGAGGGCACUGAGCCUGAGAGCCUUAGUCUGCCUCAUCAGCUUGAUUCAGGCAUGGAUUGUGUUAUUUCAAGUUCAGAAGGCACUGAGCCUGAGAGCUUUGAUCUACCUCAUCAGCUUGAUUCAGGCAUAGAUUGUGUUAUUCCUAGUUCAGGAGGCACUGAGCCUGAGAGCCUUGGUCUGCCUCAUCAGCUUGAUUCAGGCAUGGAUUGUGUUAUUUCUGAGCAAAAUGAAGGGAUAUCAAAAGCUGGUGCUGUUUCACUGGAUGUUUCCCUGUAUGUGCAAAUUGACAUGGAGAAGAAGCCUGAGGGUAGCACAGGGGAAAUUAUGUCUGCUCAUGAAGAUAUUUUAUGUAAAGCAGAUGAAAUUUCAGCUGACAGUUUUUGUGCUCAAGACAAAAUGUGGGAUUUAAAUCCAAAUAGACUUGGACAUCAUAACAAAAGUUUUGAAAUUAGUUCAUCAUUAAACAGAAACCUUGCUCCCGAAGUUGCAGACUCCAUAGAUAUACUGGACAACCCUGAAUGGGGAAUACCAAGUGAAACCUCAGAACUGAGUAGUGACCUGCUUAUAAAAACAAUUACUGGUGAUCUCCAAGAGAAUUCUCAUGGAGACGUUUGUGGGAAAAAUGAUGAAAGUAGAGAUCUCUGUCUCUCACAUUGGAACCAGGUAUUCGCAAAUCACAGUGAAGAAUCUGCUGCAGCGCUAAAUGAAGGCUCUCCCACCGCAGACAUACCAGAUUGUUCAGCAGCAGAGCCAGAUAUUAUGCAGCAGGUAGACACAGUCUCCACUGGUUCUGUGUUGGGUGUAUUUAACAUGGCAGGUACAGAUUGUCCAGGGGAAAUAGUUCCAUGUGGUGACUCAAGUUCACAUACGGCAGAUUCUUUAAAAUGCUUUGACCAUUCCUCACCAACUGCAUCAUCACCACCUUUCAUAUUGUCUCAGGAGUUUCCUUCAGGAGUUAAUGGUGUGUCUCCAGUUGUAGAACCUGCAGGAUUAAUUGACAUAUCUCCAGCUGUAGAUACUAUGGAAUUGAAUGACGUACCCCAGGUUGUAGAUACUGCAGAAUUAAUUGAUGUUUCUCCAGUUUUAGACACUGCAGGAUUGAUUGAUAUGUCUCCAGUUGUAGAUGCAGCAGAAUCAAUUGAUGUUUCUCCAGUUGUAGACACCGCAGGAUUGAUUGAUAUGUCUCCAAUUGUAGAUACCGCAGGAUUGAUUAAGGUGUCUCCAGCUGUAGAUACCGCAGGAUUGAUCGAGGUGUCUCCAGUUGUACAUACCGCAGAAUUAAUUGAGGUGUCUCCAGUUGUAGAUACAGCAGGAUUAAUUGAGGUGUCUCCAGUUGUGGAUACUGCAGGAUCGAUUGAGGUGUCUCCAAUUGUAGAUGCUGCAGGAUUGAUUCAAAUGUCUCCAAUUGUAGAUACUGCAGGAUUGAUUAAAAUGUCUCCAGUUGUACAUAACGCAGGAUUGAUUGAGGUGUCUCCAGUUGUACAUACCGCAGGAUUGAUUGCGGUGUCUCCAGUUGUAGAUACAAACACAACUAUUGAAUCGUGUGAUUUCGUUUCACCUGUGGUAAAUAGUUUGGCUGGUUCCUCCAGUGAAGCUGCAGCAUGUGAGCCAGUACAAAACAUGGAUUUUGUUACAAACUCUGUGACAACACAAGAAAAGCCAAAAUCAUUGGAUAACCAUUUACCUAAAAAUUGUACAAUACAAACAGUGGAUGAGUGUUCUGCAAGCACAACUACUUCAACUUCGGUCAUUCAGGGUCCUCCAUCAGCACAGAAGCUAAUUUUUGUCACCAACCUGGUAUUCCCAAUUGUCUCGCCCUCUCACCAACCUCACACUUCAUCAUCAUCAUGUGUAUCACCGGGUCCAUCACCACUGACAGCACAGACUAGUCAGUCUGCAAGUGUUCCCUUAGUUGUUAUAUCUCAGGUACCUUGUGGUCUCAGUAUGCAGAAUGCUGCCAGUGCUUUCCUGCCAUCGUCCAGCACCCUCAAAGCUUUUCAGACCGUGAAAAGUUCCUUUAGUGUUUUGAACUUUGGCAAUACCUCAUCAGGACUGAGUUUAUCAGUAUUAUCUCCAGGCAGCAACUCAUCUAAUUCAUCAGUUGAUGAUAAAGUAUUGCUGGACAGUUCAUUUCCACAUGGCAUGUCUGCAGCAGCUACAACUCCAAAUAUUUGUUCAGCUUCUGAACAAACUACGGAAAAGCUGGUGAAACCAAGAUUGAAUCUGUGUGCUCAGUUUGCAGCAAUAACUCCCAUGGUUUUUGGUGGUCCACAUGUCCCAGCCUCUAGUGCUGGUGGAUCUGCUAAGUGUACAAGUCCCCCCACGAAACUUUCUUUUUCUUCCAUCUCUAGCUUAACUUCUGCAGGUAAUGUCUCUCUUGUAGAAGGCCAGCCAGAUGAUUUGUAUCGAUGCCACAUGUGUGUGCGUGUCUUCAGAACAAUGAAUGAAUUGAAAUUGCACAUCAGAAAUGACCCUCAUCGUUUCAAGGGAGGAAUUAAGCAGUAUGCCUGCCAGCAGUGCAGUAUGAGGUUCUCCAACAAAAACAACUUGAUAAGACAUAACCUCAUGAAUCAUCUAGAGAGUGAAAAUUACAAGUUCCGAUGCUACACUUGUGGAAAAGGUUUUAUGUGUGAGACCUACCUGAAGAUGCAUGCACGGUUUCACUCAGGCAGAAACUUUCCCUGCAAGUAUGGCUGCACUGAUGUGUAUUUCCCCAAUGCUGCAUCCCUGGUCAAACACUUGAGGACCCAGCAUCCAGGUCUCAACCUCAAAGAGUACCUGAGAAAUGCCAAGGCUUGUAAAGCACAUAGCAAGAAACUGAGCUGCUUGCUUCAAAAAUCCUUGGAACAAAACACCAGUCCAGAAACUGAAGGGCAAACCUUGGAGAGGAGUCAGAGUGUAGCUUCUAAGCUUUGUUACAGCCUAGAGCAACCUGGUCUUGGAUUUCAAGCAAAACGUGGACACUCUAAAAGUUUAAAGGCUGCAGCCAUCUUACCACAAGGGGAGGAAAGAAACAUGGCAGACCAGAGGUGUGGGGUUGUACCGGACAAUGAAGGAUCUCCACCAAACGCUGAGAACAUCAGUAGACUACGUUAUGUGUGUCACAUGUGUUUGAAAGGAUUCCGCUCUCAUUUAAAACUCCUUCAGCACAGAACACACAGUCAUGGUGCUAACGAGUCUGUUCAAGAGUAUCUGUAUGAGAUGUCCAAGGACACAUUAGAUGAAGACUUGUCAGACACAGUAUCAGUGAAAUUGAAAUUCUCCCCACCUCCAUCACCCACAUCAUUUUUUGAAAAUGUUAACAAAAGAGGCUUUGAAAAUAUGAAUCAUUACAUAGACGGUAACAUAGAAUCACUCCAGUUUUGGCAGAAACACCUGAACUUGGAAGAUAACAGUGAACCACUGUUAGUUUCUGAAGCAGUCAAGAAGCUGGAGUGGACCACAUUUAAUUUUCCACCCUGUUUUGAAUAUAGGGAAGAUUGCACGGUUUUCUAUGACAGCACCACACAACCUGGGACAUCGCCUAGACUGUUGCCCUAUCUAGCAGAAGAUCUCAAGGAGACAGGCAACUGUCGAGCACAUGCUAGUGGUGUUACCAAUUCAGAUUCAGAAGAUGCCAGUGUUGCUGCUUUAAAGCCAGAAACAACUGAGCUGCGUUCACAGACACUUGCAGAGAGCAUCCUGCAUUGUGAAGAUGACACAGGUUCUCAGAAGGAUAGCAGCUGUAUGGAUGUUGAUGGACAAGGUCUGGUUGGUACAGGCGACUCACAGGACCAUGUCAUGGAAAGUCACCAUGGGAGAGAGCUGAACAAAAGUGUUGGCAGUGCGACUAGGACUGGCAACUGUGAACCCAUAAAUUAUUCUGAAAAAAUCACAUUGGAACAGAACGACCAGUGUACAUUUGUGAAUCUUGUUGCUGAGAAGCAGGAAAUUAAUGAAAGAGAUGCUUUGUCGGAAGAGUCAGUGGUAGAAGAUGUGCUUUUUGAAGAUAAGGUUUCUGUUACAAGGGACGAUUCUGUGAUUAUUCAAGAAGUGGAAGCAGAAAACCAUUACAUUUGUAGACAUAUAGUUGGUGAGCUAGUUAACAGUGCUGAAAGCGCAAUAGAAGAAAAAUACAGUAGGAGCAGGCCAGAUUCAAUGCUCGAUGGAAACAGUAACUUAAAGGUAUGGCCAUGCGAAGGAGCUCAGUCAGCAUCUGCAGCUGAUGCCCCUUCAAGUGGUGUUGUCCCUCCAGGUGUUGAAGUAGAAAUCAAGCAGGAAACGACUGAGCCUGUUCAGGAAAUUAAUUCUACCUCUGGUGAACCGUUCAUUUUAACAGAUAUGAUCUCACAUAAAUUCAUUGAGUUUUCUACCAAAGACAAGCUUGACCUGUUUAAAAGUCAGUGUAUACAGGGACUGGACCUUGCAGUUUCAGAACAUAACCACACACUUUUACUACAAAAAGGUCUGCUGCCCAGAGUCACAUCAGUUUCACAUUUGAAGUCACAUAAUUCACAGUCUUUGUUAGGUGCUUUAGACUUACAGAUCAUGAAUGGACAAUGGUCCUCUGAAACACUGGACCACAAGGUUGGUGAUGGUUGCAGGCAGGCUGUAACUUCUAUGAAGAAAAGGGCACUGUCUUUGGAAUCUUUGAUAUUAUGGCCUCGAGGGAAGCAGUCUGUUAGACACUUUGACCAUGUUUUAGACAAUUCACUCAACAAUUCUGACACAUCAAGACAUGAUCACAGACGUUAUUCAAUAUGGACUGGACAGGUUCAUCAGAGGUUUGACAGUUCUAGCAAGCAUGACAUGUUUUGUCAACCAGUGACCGAAGCUGUGAGAAAACAGGAAGUCAUGCGUGAAACUGCUCAGUAUAACUAUGAAAAGUCAAUCAGGGAUAAUGAAAUGCGUGGGAGAGAUGAAAAAGUAACCCUGAAGGCGAGCUUUGCAGAAAGUUUGGGACUGAUGAGUAGAAAUGAGUUUGAGCUGUCAUACCAUGCACGCAGAGAGCAACAGUUUAUCAUAAAGGUACCUGAAGUUUGGAGCAAUUAUGAGAAUAUUUGGUUUGGGAAAAAAGGAAACAUAACCGUGGUGUGUUCGGUCUGCCACAGACACUUCAGCUGCUGGGACUUAUGUUUGCGUCACCAGCUGAAGAAACAUCCACACAUCGAGCCAGCAUCUCUGGAAAUGGAGAAGGACAAUUAUGUUGAAGAUAUGUUUUAUUAUUACCCCAUGCCUUAUGGCAUUCUUGCCCAGACACAUCUGAUUCCAGAUAACCUUCCCGUCCCUGAAGUUUUUGUUUGCUUGAGAUGUGGCUUUCCUUUCAAAAACAUCAACAGACUUCAUGCACAUAUGAUUAUUUGUGACCCUGCUCAGGAAGAUGCAAGUUCUGGUCAGAACAAUGGGGUUAGAAAAGUCUCUUAUAUGAAAAAGAAACUGCUUCCUAUGAUGGAUAGGCGUUUGCACCAACAGGUGGAACAACCGAAAACAAAAGUCAGUAAAACAAAAAGUGGUGUUGAUGUGAGUGCAGCUUUUGUUGAAACUAGGCACAACAAAUCACUGCCAGUGAAUGGGAAAACAGGUAAGCCAGCACAACAUACUUUGGACAACAAACUCAUGGCUUCAGCUGUUCACAGUCGUACCGAUUAUUCCACUGAUUUCUCAUUUUAUUCUUGUAAAAAGGGAAAGAACUACGAACUGUUGUACAAUCCACAAAAUCACACCAGACGCAGAGAAAUGUACAAAAUUUUAGACCAGCACCAGUGCCAUGGCUGUAACCUCAAGUUUAACUCUCUGUACAUGCUGGAGAAACAUGUCAACAAGUGUAGCGGCAAGGACAAGCUUCAGAACCAGAAGCCUCUGCUUAGUGGAAUUAUGCCAGAUGAUGCUGCCUUGAGAAAACAGCACACAUGCAGAUACUGUGGCAAGAGAUUCACAUACAUUAAAGGUGUUGAUCUUCACUACAAGAGGAUCUGUGCUGUCAGAAAAGUCAAGGAGGAGGAGAACCAGCUGACUGAAGAAGAUUUAGCACAUGAAGCAGAGCUAAAGAAAAUACUAGAACACAUCAAGUGGAGCAAGUCUCUGAGUAAGGACAGCAGUGACAUCAUACAGGGUCAUGUCAGGGUUGAAGAAGAUGGGACUCUAACAAGGGUAGUCAAAGACAGUGAUUGCUCCCCUGGCCAGAAAAAGAAGGUAAAAAAGAAAGGCAGCAAUUGGACUACAUUAAAGAGACACCGUAUGGAGGAGGAUGUUGACAGUGCAUCAUCAGUGUCCAGUGAUAUUCACAGAUCUCCAGGGAACACCAAAAAUGUGGCAGAUGAGAAAGUUGCAGACAAUUUAGAUGUAGUUGGAAAGAAGAGGCUUACUAGGAGUGCAGGUCAAGAAGGGUUUCAUGAGAAAAAUGGGAUAAGAAGCAGAAGACCUACUUCAGCUGAAAGGGGCACAGCAGGAAAGAAGGCAGACACAUCUUUAAAGUCUGCAUUGGUAAACUCAAGUAGCAAAAGCCACAGCCCGAGUUCACAAAAUAAAGCAGGUAGCGGUUGUCACAGUUUGAAAGGCACAUCAAAGAAGAUGGCAUGCAGUGAACUAAUAGAUGUCUCGGAAAGUAGGAAAAAUAAAGGUAAAGGCUCUGUCGUAACCAGUGGAUCCUCUCGCGGCACAAGAAGCAGGCAAAUCGGCAGCAUAGUGUCACCAGCUGACAAUGUGACAAUCUGCAUUAAACCACCAGACAGGAAGAGAGGCAAGCCUAAACGUUUCGAUCCUAGUGAUAUGGAGUCCAGUUACAAGAAGAAAAGAAAAGAUGAAGACAUUAUUUUUGAACAGACAAAACCUGAGUCAGGAGGAAGAAAAAGAAACGCCACCAAUGAGACUAAGCAGAAAGUGAGUACAGCUGCCAAGGGUAUUGAUGUGGGUAAGUCAUCGCAUGUAAUGAGACCAAUCUCUUCUAGAAGUUCAACAGAUGUUUCCGCCUCAGCACCUACAUCAAAAGUCUGUGUUAAUAAAAAUCAGUCAAAUAAAGUAGAGGAAAGUAAAUUGUUUGAAAAAAUGAAAAAGUUAAAGGAAGCAGCCAAGUCAGAAAGUAGGAAGUCUAGUCAAAAGAGAAAGUUGUCUGUUUCCCUGUUCACCAAUUUUGCAAAUAAGAAGUGUGAUUCUGGUGCUUCUGAUGAGAAGAAAUCUGACAAGCCUGUGAACAAAGUGUCCAAUAGCUCAGAACUGUUUAAGCAUUUAACAACGAGUGAAAAAUCCUUGCAGAAACACUCACCACAGAAGACAGCUUCAAACAGAAAGAGGAUUUCAUCCAUGGAUGAUGAUGAUGAGGUUAACAGCAGCCAGAUGUCAGCAAAACAUAUAAAAAUAACCACCCAAAAUGGCAGAAGUAAAUCACCUGCAAAACCUGGGUUGAGCACAAGCAGCCAUGACAUGGAAUCUCCUAGCUCACAUUUCAAUAAAGUAGCACAAAAGUGUCAAAAUAAAAGUCAGGACAGAUAUGAGUCCGACCAGGAACCACUAGUAGUGCGGACAUCAUCAUCAGCACGAAUAUUGUCGUCAUCAGCAACCAAUCUGAGCGCAGAUUCCAAGAGUUCUCUGUCAAAACCAACCAGUCCAAUCUCUAAACGACCAACAGUGACUUUCAAAGUGGUGACACUGUCUCCCAAUGGAAGUAAUUUAUUGACUUAUGAUAGUUCUGCUGAUGUUCCACAAUCUUCACUGUUGUUGACUAAACCAAGUAAAGGGGCUUCCCAUUCAUUGCCGGCUCAACAAAUUCUCAAAUGCUUACCACAGCGACCCAUACAGUUUGUGACCAAAACAUCAAGUCUGUUGCAAGGGACAGAACUGAAGAAAAUCUGUCGUGAACCGAACAUAAAAGUGAUCAGUGCAGAAAACCUUGGACUUAAUGUAGUACGUAAACAGGCUGUUAGUACCUUGGUCAGUGCAGAUGGUGACAAUAUUAGGAUUCAAAAGCCUGUUUCUCAGGUUUGUAAUCAGGGGUUUAUUUCUCAAAAAGAUGUUCAGUGUAGGGCAUCAUCUAGUCCAGAUGGUAAACAAGCUUUGACCUGUCGUGCUGUUUACAAACAAGAUAAUAAUGAAACAUCACAGUCACUCCAUGAUACAGAAACACAGAUAUCACAUCAUGUGGCUUCACAUAGUCAGGGCAGAGUCAUCAUUCAAAGAGUGGUAGACAAACACUUUAGGGACAAUCAGCUUUUAGGCAACAUUUGUGAAAGUCAGGUUAUGCCGAGCUCAGCUGAAAGCUCUCUAACAGACUCUACAGAUGAAAUCUUCCCUAAACAGUCUCAGAAAACCUCGGAGAAGGACAUCUCACAAUUGUGUCCUGCUAACCUGUUGUUUACAAAGCAAACAGGUGAUGCUGGCACAGCAGAUGAGAAUCCACCAGCUGAACAAAAUCAAGCUGUAGUCAGCAGUAUCUCUUCCCUUCUUACUCUAACAGAACCACAGCCUCAGUGUCAGAAGCAGCAGACAUUUGCUGAACAGUCGAAUGAAGUAUGCAAUAUUCUUCAGUCAGUAAGCCAGUCAUGUCCCAGAUCUUCAAACAUUGCUUCUGUGAAAUCAUUUCCUGCACUUCAUGUAGCAAAUUCUUCUUCAACAAACAACCCCGAGUCAGUGUCGACCAUUGUUGUUCCAUCAACAACAGUUAAAGUACAUGUUACCUUACCCCAUGCUGUUUCAACCACCACGGCCACAAAAUUAAGCUUCCCUAAUAGGUUCAGAUCUCCACCAAAAGUUGUCACGGUCACAGGCACUGUACUCCCUCACCUCAGCAUGGCAAACCCUGGCCACACAGCCACUAGAAUAUUGAAAUUAGGAGCUGUCAGUAUCAAAAGCACACCUGUGUCCACAACCCAGCCACAGAACAUCACUGUUCACAACAAACAAGUCUCCAACAGCCCAUGUGUUGUGCCUCAAAACAUUACUAAAAAACCACUAGUUGUGACUGCAGGCCAGCUGCCCAGACUUCUGACCCCAGGAGCUCGUCACCAGCGUCCUAACACACAACAGAUCAUCAUGCCAGGUGCAUUAAGACAAUCUGUGUUAAAUAUUGCUGCUAACCAAACAAACUGCACCACUCAGAUUCUUCCAGGAAGAUGCCUGCCUAAAACUGUCUCCCCACAGAUCAGUAUACCUCAGUCCUCGCUUGGACAUAAAAUAGUCAAUGUGGCACAGCCCCUGGGUGUGCCCAAUGUGGGAAGCUCUCUUCCUGUAAGCAGCAUCAAAUCCAGGAAGACCUCAAGCAUCUGUCUUAUUCCUGCACCUGUUAGUCCAGCACCGAGCUCCAACCAGAUCAUGUUUAGUCUGGAUGAUGGUACAACUGCAAUGCUAGACCCUGACUCCCUUGCUCAGUUUUUGACUGUAUCUCCUUCCCUGAGCAAGUCUGAACUCUACUCAACUGUUCCUCCACCUACUGCUGUUCAAGAAUAUAACAAUCCAUUGGUGUUGAAUGUAGCAGGAAAUCAGCAGAUUCACUCAGAUGUUGAGGAAAUCAACUGGCCUGCAAAUGGAACCGUAGACUUGAUCGAUUUGCCAGAUACAGUUAUUGAUUAG